GUCAAAAAAUCCAAGAUGGAGGAUGAUUUAGAACUGGACUCUGAAGAGAAUGCACAUGGCCUAGCUGCUCAGCCAGUUAGAAARAACAUUUCCCUCAAACUGAAGACAAAAUCAUCAAAAACAUCCACAAUGGCUGUCAAGACUAAGAAGAAAGAAACACGAAGCUCUGAGAGGAAGGCUGUCCCAGAGGAAAAGACAACAAGAAAAAAGCAGAGAUCGCCAGCAGCAAAGCCUGAAGCUAUAGAGAUGGACUGGAAUCACAAGAUAAUGAUUAUUGGCCAAAAGGUGCAGGAUCCACUACUACAUUUGUGUGAAAAAUGCUCAUUACCGAUUCUUGUGUAUGGAAGACUUAGUCCUUGCAAGCAUUCAUUCUGUCUGUCAUGUGCUGAAAAAGGAGGAGGAAAAUGUCCAAGAUGUGGUGAAGGAGUUCAGAGGAUUGAGCGUGCUCCUUUAGGAAGUGUAUUUGUUUGUUCAUUUGGUGGCAGUCGUUAUGGCAUCUCUGGUUGUCGUCGAAGCUACUUCUCACAGCGUGAUCUUCAAUCGCAUAUCAAAAGACGCCAUCAGCGUGAACAGUCGGGUGGGGACAGUGAUGGCAAUGAAGAUGCAGAAACAGAAAUUAGUCGUGUGAUGGUUCCUCCAGGUGGAGUAGGGGUACCAUUUUUCCUUCACCCUCCAUCUAGGGACAAUGUUCCUACAGGGGUUAUGCCAAUUCCACUAUCUGUUGGAGAGCGUCCAUUCACCAAUGUGUCGCUUCCUGGAACAGUUUCUAUGGACAGACACUUUGUGCAGACUAUGCCGCAUGAGGCGUUCUUUGUUGAUGGACCACGCCCACAACACCCAGUAACAAGUUUUCCUGCRCAGGGCCCACCCCAAGUGGCUGCGCAUAUGCCUCAUGUGCAAACAGUGGUAUUUCCACAUCCUGACCAACCACCUCCUCGUUUUGAUGACAUAAGACCAGAGCAGCGUGUGUCAAGACCAAUACCAGUACCGUCAAGUAUGGAUGAUGGGUUUCGACAUAGAGGACCUGGUGGUCCAGGCUUCAGGUUUCCUGAGCCAGAUGGAAGGCCUGGAAACUGGCAGCCUAGAUCUGAGGGAGACUGGAUGGCCCAGGAAAGAGGGCCACCAGUAAGAGCUGAUAGAGACUGGAUCCAACCCCCAGGUAGAACAGAGAGGGAUUGGGUUCCUCCUAGGUCAGAAGCUAAAUGGACGCCCCGUGGGCGUGGUCCACAAGGGGACCCCCACUACAGAACUAUGUUCUGAGGCUUUGUUAUUUAUUUUGUUAAGAUCAAAACCUGAGCCUUCCAUAAUAAUUCUCCAUUACCAGUCUUGUACCCAGGUCUCCUUUAAAAGAGAGCAAACGGGAACUGGGUACAAGUUUGCUCUUAGAUAUUCAAUGACUAUUCUUUAAUGAAGACAUCAAUCCCACGUUAGAAUUAUACACCUUACCACUCUCUAGCUGUACGAUUAUUUCUGUGUGUUUAUUCGACUAUUUAGAAUGCUUUUGUGGGUUUGAUGACCUCAAUAAUAGAACCUCAAGUAUAGAACCAACUGUUAAAUCACUUGUCUGUCUGUCUGCUUGCUGUAUGAAUAUAAAAUCUUAGGGUACCUUUUCUUGAAUAAAURAUAAUAUAUGUACAAGGGAUUUCA